AUGAAGGAGUCAUAUCCUGACGAUAUUAUGCUGUGUUUCGUACAAAGUUAUAGUGAUCGUGAAAAUGGAUGUACUAAGAAUGGGAAGGCAUGCAAUGGCACUGAGGUCUCUAAUUAUAAGAACUUAAAGAAAAAACACAGAAACAAGAGUGAUUCUAUGAUAAAAGAUUCCAAUAAAGAAGUAGGUGUACAAAGUGAUAUAGAACUAAGAAGGUCCUAUCGAAAUGUUGUGGGAAAAUCAAAAGAUUCUAUAAGUAGAGUUCUGCCAGAGGUGAAGAGAAGCUUCAGUGAUAGAUUUUCUGUCAUAAGUGAUGUCAGCGGCAAAAAGGCUCCAAGGGCUCUGUUGACCAUACGAAAAACAUGGUCCACCGGGAACUUCUCGUCUGGGGCGGCGGGUGGCGGGUGCGGGGCCCCACGCUCUGCGCCCGCCACCCCGCUACAACUGGAACCACACCGAUCAAAACAUGACAAGAAUGUAAAAGCGUUGUCGGGCUCGGCGCCGUCGAUGCGUGGUUUGUCUGGUGAUGAGACGACGGAAGGCAAGCAGCCCAGCAAAUCUAGGCAGAAGAAGCUCAUGAGGCACUUCCCUCAAGUCGGCCCCGAGGAACGGGUUCUCAACUAUUACUCAUGUGCAUUGGUUGGAGAUCUGCUUCUACAAGGACAUCUGUAUAUAACCAAGAACUACUUCGCUUUCUAUUCAAACGUAUUCGGCUACGUCACCAAGUUACUAAUCCCUACGUCAUCAGUGCUACGUAUAACGAAGGAGAAGGUAGCUCGUAUAAUACCUAAUGCUGUUGGUGUGUGCACACGAGAUGAGAGACAUGUCUUCGGAUCACUUCUAUCUCGAGACUCGACCUACAAACUGAUGAUGCAUGUAUGGAAGUCAGCGAGAACACCUGAACUAACAGUGCCUAAACCACCGGAACUUCGUACUUCGGAGAUUGAAGCAUCGGAGUACUCGCCCGAUGAUAGCAGUUCAGGUGGCGCUGACACAAUAGACGCUCCCGACACUAUGAGACCUGAACCAGACGCUAUUAUAGCAGCCGCGGGUGCGGCUGUAAUCCAACCCGCACUAUUAACUGGUGCCGCGCCGCCUCGCCGUCCGCCGCGCUACUGGCACGCUAUACUACUAGCGCUGGCCUUGCUACUGACGUGCUCGGCGUUAUAUUUUGCAUACACGCUGUACUAUGUUGAUAAUAGUGAGGACGUGUCCGGUGAGGAGCUGUACGCGGAGUUAGUCAGGUGGCGAGCGAAGUUACACGGACGAGCUGCUGGUGAACUGCACGCCUUCCUCUCCACCAACCUACUGCUGCUGGCUAAGGUGAGACAGUCGUUGGAGGCGUUGUCGGGAGUGAUCUUGACGGACAUGUCUCAAGCUAAUAUGGAAGUCGAGCUCGAUGUACCAAACGAGACGGUCGUCAGUUAG